AUGGUACGCCGAGGACGGGAACCGCACCAGAUGAAGGCAACAGUGAUGAGCAAAGUGGAGUUUUCCGAUCGGAAUAUUGACGGCGAUCGUAUCGAUCCGCUAAUUGAAAAAUCGGAAGAGGAAGAUGGUCGAGGCAAUGAGGUCGUUAGCACUCGUAUGGAUAUGAAUGGUGCUGAGGAAACUGAUUCUAAGGACAUCACUUCCGUUACUGAGAUUACGAUAAAUGAACCUACCACAACGCCCACAACAAUUGGGCAGGAUUUGCCAACCCAGUCACAGAGUACUGUGAAUCAGGCAAACGAUAAGAACAGUACCGAAGCGGAGCAUGGCAUUGAAAUGACUACAGCUACAGUGAUACCGAAAGAUGAAACUCCUCCAGAUCUGAAACCAACGUUACCGUCUCUCUAUGAUGACACCACAAAAGACGUUGAUAACAGUGAAACGAACCAUUUAGAUGUGUCCACUAGCGAUGCCGAAGCUGCCAUCAAACCAGUUUCAACAGAAUCCAGCCCUACAAUGACGCAAACAGCAUUACCUACCGAAGGGCAAAGUGAAACCACUCAAAGUGUAUCAAUCGCUGUUAGUGAAACUAUUACUAACACCCUUGAGCUAACAUCAUCGCUAAUUGUGCCAGCUAUAACGGAUUCGUUUCGAACAUACUCUUCUAGUGAUGUGAUAGAUUUAACAGAAGAAUUGACGAAGGUUAGUUCUUCUUCACCAACAGAAGAAUCCAUUUCCACAGUAGGCAUCAAGAAUGAGGGCACCAGUUCCUCACUAAUUACAACGGAAGAAAUAUUGCUAUCUAGUGUCGAUACCCACGUCAUUGAUACAACCGCCAAUAACCAGUCUUCGAUUGAAGCUGGUAUGCAGGAUUCUAGAACAACUUUAAGCUCAUCAACAAAUGGCAUUAUAGUUACGGAUAAUCCGGAGGAAACGUUACUUGAAUCCACGAUCACAAUGAUAACAGAAGUGACGGAAAAAUUAACAGACGGUAUCGAUACUACCGUAUUUAUAACGGAAAGCUCUACAUCGAUUUCAUAUAAAGCAGUAGAGGAUAGCAAUGCAGCGCCCUUGACUGAAUCGCUAUCGACAUUUCAACCGACCACAGAGAUAAAUGAAGAAAACGAUUCUCACACAACAAUUAAUAACGAUUUGACUGAAUCAACGGAUGAGAUAGUUACAUCCGCUAGAAGUAACAACAGCAGAAACCCGGUCACAUCAGCAGAGGAUCAAUACUCGACCACAGCAUCUUUUACGCUAACAACAGACAUAGCUGCAGUUGAAGAUGUAGCCACUUUCGCUCCAAGCAGUACUGAAGUAGUAACAUCAACCGAUGAUCAGCAGUCGACGACCGCGGCUUCUCUUCUGUCUACUCUGGCUAUAGGGAGUACUGCAGAAGCAACCACAUUCCCUUCAAGCAUCUAUAGCACCACCGAUUCAGUCACAUUACCGGAGGAUGAGUACACAACAUUGACGGAUAAGCUAUCAGAUGAUGCAUCCACUUCAAAAACAGUACCGUCAUCGGAGGACGAAGAAUUGACGACAACGUCGCUCUUAAACUUAGUAACAGAUAUAACAACUCCUGAGUUACCGACAUCGGCUGAGAAUCAACACUCUACAUUGGCAUCGGCAGAAAAUGCAGUUGAUACAACUACUCUCAUUGAAAGCAGGUAUACAGACGCAGAUUCAUCGAAAUCGACAGAAGAUCAGGACUCGACAAUUACCAGCAAGUACGAUAGUACUAUCAUUUUAACGACACUAAUGCCAACAACAGGAGAUAAUAUCGAGAUUGCUACCUUUACGAUCGCUGCAACCGUAAGCACAUUAAGUACAGCCUCUGACACACUGGAAACUAGUACGUCCAUUACAAGUAUUGAAACAAAUGAUGCAUCCCAUGAUUCCACCACGAUACCCAUCACGCAAGGAGCAACCACAUUCACUUCUAGCUCUGAAGAAGUAGAUAUAGUGAACGCUACUUACGCGUCUCACAGCAUUACAACAAGCAUUUCUGAAAUCGGGGAAGAUAUUGCAACUGUUGCAACAGAGGAAAUGAGCACGGGGAUGGAUUUAAUUGAGGAUAAUGAAAGCACCACCACUUCUGCAUUGUCGACAACGGUAAUGUCAACGAUAAAUAUUCCAGAGUCAAACAAAAAUGCUAUAGGGAGUUUACCAGACGAAGAUGAUAGUAGAUCAUACACAACGAUCGAUAACGAAUAUGUAUACAAGGUAACAACAGUUUCAUCUUAUGAUGAAGAUAUCAGAACCGAAGAAAUUACCACCGCACCGUUUACCAUUGCUCCAACACCUUACGUAGAAACCGUUAAUGUUAGUACGGAAAAUAUGCCUCGAACAGCAACUAGCACUCCGACAAAUCCAAUAUCCGCGGAAACUCCUAAAGAGAUUCCCAAUACUGAAGAAAGUUCCACAAAUAUUUCGCAGGAAUUCAGUACCAACAGCAAGGAUACUGAUUCAUUCAGUACCGUCUCCGUAAGUGACGAGGAACGCGAAAACAGCAUAAACGGAACAACUAGUCCGAUAGAAUCUCUAUCCGUUGAUGUAACGGAACAAGGGGUUGCAGAAAGCACAUUUGCUAAGGGUACUGUGGAAGUAGCAAACAUAGAUAAAACUGAUCAGUUACUCCGAUCUUCUGGCAGCAGUAACUUGCCAUCAACUAUAUUGCCACCGAUGACGUUAGCAACAUCAACGGCUUCACCAGAGAAUGCGUCUGCAGCAAGUGAUCGAACAACAGCACUCAACAUGUACAGCCACUCCAUAGCAUCCGUGGAAACGAUUGAUCCGUCAACAUCUAUGUCGGUGAACGAGGAUGAUUAUGCAUCGACAUCGUUCGCUUUGAUGACACCCCAGGAGAAUGCUGCAUCCUUGCCAUCGCCAACGAUGCUGUGCUUUGUAGCAACACUCGUUGUGCUUGCGAUAAGCGACAACCCACGAUUACAUCGAAGGCACUAA